UUACUGAUAAUAUAUAAUUAUUAAUAUUCAAUUAUUUUUUUAUUAACUUUGUGCAGUCAUAUAUUCGAUCGUUUUAGUAUAAUUUAAGAAACUACACAACUAAUCUUGUGUAGUUAUGAUGUACAAAUAUCGUUGAGAGGUGAAGGUUUCAUGCCCUGAUAUAAGACCGAAUCAGUGUAGAUAAAUAUAUUUUGAUACAGUAAUUGACAUUGAGAAACAUAUUUAACGGCUAUAAAAUAAGAAACGAAAAAUGGGCAACUCAUACAGUGAGAAAAGUGAAAAAAAGAAAGCAAAACAGACUAUUCUACCACGGCCAUUUAUGUCACAAGAUGAUUUUUUCAGAAGGUGGAUCAUAUGGAAAAAACAAUUCAUAGAGUUUAGCAAGAGUGACUGUGGAGAUAAUCUAUUGAAUAUAAUGGGCCCGGUUGGACUAAAUAUUUAUGCCACAUUUAAGUUUGAUUCUGCAAAUGAGAGAAAGAAUGUGGAUGUAUUACUUAAAAAGUUUGAGGAGUAUUAUAUGUUUUCAGGAAAAAAAUGGGAGCCUCAUGAAAAUAUUUACAAAUACAUAAAUGACUUGCAGUACAUAUUGAUGGGAAAAUGUAUUGAAAAUAGAGAAGAAUUAAUAAAACGGAAAAUUUUAACAGAAAUUGACAAACGUCAAUUUACCAAUGCUGCCAGUACGGUAUUGCCAACAUUCACAUUUCCAUCUUGCUUUAAGAAUUUGACACUGAUAGAAAUCGCAUUUAUUUGGACAUUGUACAAUAGUAAUUCUGCAAAUAGUUGCAGCAAAUGUGGCCAUAUACAUAUUUCUAACAACUAUUGUCCAGCACAAGGAAAACAAUGUUCAAAGUGUAAUCAAUGGAAUCAUUAUACUAGAAGGUGCCCAUUGCUGUUUAUUAUGAAUUGUUUAUAUUGUGGAGGUGCUCAUUUAAAAAGACAAUGUCCUGCUUUUAAUGAAACUUGUACCAAGUGCCAAAAAUCAGGCCAUUUUUCAUGGAAAUGUCAAGGCUUUCAAAUUAAAUGUCGCUAUUGCGGUUUAAAGCACACCAGAAAUAGAUCACUAUGUCCGGCACAAAAUACUAUUUGUAACUACUGCAAAUCUGUGGGACAUUUUCCCACAUUCUGCAAGAACAGAUCUCACUCCCAAAAAUAUUGAUACAUCAUGGAAGUACUGUAUUAAACUGGAUUUUAUAAUGGUUUUAUAUUAUAUUAUUAUUGCACAUUAAAGCAUUAGAUAAUAUAUGUCCUUAGUUAAGGAUGAUAAAACAUUCUUUGCCUAAUUUUAUUACACUAGUCCCCUAAAAUGGUUCGGACCUAUAAAGAAACGUGUGCAAAAGAUGGGCUUGAUAUGAUAAUGGGAAAGGGAGCCACAGCAGGAUCCUAAAAUUUUGUAUAAAAAAUCUCAUAAUCGCAAUCAUAUAU